GCAUGAGGCAGAAUAGAAGUCUGUUGAAACUUACUGACUGCGUUUAAGCGACGGAGCCUUUUGCAAGUAUUACACCCCGGUUUUCCCGCAUGGUUUGUACAGGGGAAGGAUAUGCAGAAGGAGUUUGAUAUCUUCAGAAACUUGAAUAGAGCUUUGCUGCACCGCAGCGCACACACUGACACUGAGCCCUCGCAUAGCUCCGCUCAUAUACAAACUAUCAACUGCUCAAGGACUGUUACCACAUUAUUACUGGAUGCACGGACACUGUGGAAAUCGGACACUGUAUCAGCUCGCUGAGUUACACGAUAAAGCCCCGAACCAGAACUUUAGCACUAAACAAGGUUGAAAGCGGGUUUUCCGUGGAUCAGCCAGCCGUCUUGGCUCUCCUCAGGACUACUAUCUCUCUCUCAACGAGAACAUCACACUGAGUUUUCUUUAGCGACACGUUGGACUCGAGAGUGCAAUCUCUCAGACCGUUGUAGCAAUGGUCCAGAAAACAAGCAGCACGGAAAAUCCCGAAGCGCUGUUUGCUGGGGAGUCUUCGGAUUCCGGCGCACUGGAGCUGGACAUUGCUUCUUCUCCGACCCCCGGCUCCACGGCGUCCGGGGGUGACAAGCUUGACCCCGGCUGGUGCAAAACCCCCAGCGGUCACAUCAAGAGACCGAUGAACGCUUUCAUGGUGUGGUCGCAAAUCGAAAGGCGCAAAAUUAUGGAGCAGUCGCCGGACAUGCACAACGCGGAGAUCUCGAAGAGACUUGGCAAGCGCUGGAAGCUGCUGAAAGACAGCGACAAGAUUCCCUUCAUCCGAGAGGCAGAGCGGCUCAGGCUCAAGCACAUGGCAGACUACCCCGACUACAAGUACCGGCCGAGAAAGAAGGUGAAGUCAAGCGGCUCAAAACCGGGCGAGAAGGGGGAGAAGAUCAGCGGGAGCAGCUGCGCGAGCGCCGGUUCAAAACCAUCCUCGAGAAAGAGCGGAAGCCUUAAAUCAACCAGCAAACCCCAUAAGAUCGUUUUGGGGAGCGCGAAGGCUGCGUUUCCCGAGCAGGGACCCGCCGAUCACCACUCGCUUUACAAAUCAAAGUCAGUGUCGGCUUCCAAGCAAAUACCAGACAAGAAGACGAAGCGGGUUUACAUUUUUGGAGGCAGCAGCGGUAUAAGUCCGUCUUCGAUAGCUGUGCCCGCCAGUCCGACCCUGAGCAGCUCCGCUGAGUCCAGCGAUCAGAGCCUGUACGAGGACGGCUCGACGAGCGGGAAGGAAGGCGCCGAUUCCCCCAGCAGCUCGUCAUCGGACAGCCACAGGUACAGCAGCAUGCGGGCGUCCUCGCCCACUCCGUCCGCCUCACAUUCAUCCUCCUCGUCCCAGUUCUCCUCUUCUUCAGACGAGGAACUCGACGACGACAUGCUGGACAUAAAUCCGAGCCCAAGUUUUGACAGCAUGUCACUGGGAAGCAUCGGCUCGUCGGUGCUGGACAGAGACUUUGACAUGCAUUUUGAGUCCGGGGCUUCUUCUCAUUUCGAGUUCCCGGACUACUGCACCCCUGAGGUGAGCGAAAUGAUUUCGGGGGACUGGUUAGAGUCGACCAUUUCUAACUUGGUGUUCACGGCUCACGUGUUGAACUAGUGAAGUUUACGGAAAUACGUCCGAGGAACAAAUUUGAACGAAAAUGGAUAGCAGACAAGUUUGUUUGUAAAAUACGCCACCACGUGAGGGGUCCCGCCCGUAAGACAGCGACAAAGCGCCGAUAAACAAAAGCUAUAACGCUUUCGUUGAACGCUGACAGGACGGUGCCGUGAGAUAUUUUGUCGCGAGAGGGCUGAAGUCAUUUCCCCGCGUUUGGCACGAGGCAAGGGGAAGAGAUUGCCGUGGAGUGACUGAGAUCCUACUGAGAAAAUAUGAAAAGUGAAAAACACGAUAUGAACUGGAAAACUGUGAUUUGCACGUACAUGAAGGCUGGCUUAAGUCGUCUGUUUUUUUUUAAUCAUUUUUACGUAAAAAAAGAGACGUUUAAGAACUUUAUUGAUGCGCCUUGUGAACGUCAUUGCUUAAGAGGUACUAACAUAUUAUAUGCUGUGUUGGGCUGUUUUUCACCAUGGCGGAUUUAUAAACAAGGUGGGUUGACGAAAGACGAAGCAUUUUUUAUAAUAAGAAAAGAAAAAAAGAAACGCAUGUUACAUGUCCUUUCUUGUAUUGAGAUUUCUGUAAGACUGUCGAACAGUUAAACUAGCGUUAUUAGGAUUAUUUAAAUGGAUAGAUGGCGCUAUGUUUGAUUUCCUACUCACAGGAAAAAAAAUCACCAGCUGUUUUCAUUCUUAACUUCAGGAUUCAAACACGAACUCAAAUCUGUGCUGAACUUUAUAUACCGUCUACAAUUCAGGACCAAAACUCUUUAAGUUGUUUGUUUCCGGAGAAAAUACUGUUAAUUUGUCAUGAUCGUUUCCUUUUCUGUGUUCUUCAGAUGCCAUUUUUAUAUGGAUGUAUUUAUAUACUUGCCAAACAGUUUGUCUUAUUUUAAUGUGCUCCCGCAUCUGUCUCCUUCUCCGAAGAAGGGCUAGAGUUUUAACCUUUGUUUUUUAUAUUUAAAUGUAGACUUUUGACACUUAAAGAGAGGAAACGUUUGAUUAUUUUCUCAGUGUAUUUUUGUACAAAUAUAUAUAAAAGGGGCGAGGGGGUUGAUCGGUGUAAAUCGCUGUUUGGAUUUCCUAAUUUUAAAAGCCAGGUGGGUCGGUGGUCUCUGAAUCGACCGCCUGUUUCAUGUUUACAGUCUCAAUCUGCAGGCGUCUUAAAGACACACAUACACACACACACACGCUCCAAAAACCAAGUUCAAGCCAACAUGUGCUUCAUUUCUACAUUUCCUCUUCUGAUCGUGCCGAACUUAACCGAUUGUAGCUUUAAAACGAUCGAUUUUCUUGGCGUUUUAUAUAUCGAAAAACCACUGGAUGGAAAAUCGUUCAACGUAUUCAAAUGGUCGAUUUGAGUUUCGCGAUGAUUAUGUACUGCGUUCCUCAUUGUAUUUGAAUAUUUAAUCUUUUCUACUUGUCAGAUAAGUAUAGCUAAUUGUUUUAGUAUCUUAAGGCAUGGUGAAUAGAUUUGUAUUGCCGAUUCAGGUUUAUAGCUGUUGUGUUAAAAAAAGGACGAAAAGAAAUAAAAAAUGAAAAAAUCAACUUUGUACAGCUGUAUCAUAGGCAAAAAGAUUGUGUGUUUUUAUGUAUGUUGUUGCGCUUUAUCUCGACAGGCACUAGAACAGCUAUCUUUGUACAUCCUUGCUUAGCCUACUUAAUUUCAAGAUGGUUGUUGAGGAUUUUUAUAUAUACAUUUGAAAUAUAUGAACUUUAUUUUUAUCCAUUCUGUGCAAUAUGCUGUGUAGAAAUAUUGUUUUUUGUCUAAUCAUGCCAUAACACAUUUUUAAGGGGAAAUCUCAUGCCAGCUUAUUGUGUCAAGUCACUGCCUGUCAGAUUGUUCAUAUACUCCUGUACAGAACUUUUUCAUAAAGGAAAUAAACUCAGCUGGAACUGAACCCUAAACACUG